GUCAAAGCAAAGGAUGGCUGCUUGCUAAGUGCGUGUAAAUAAACAAGUCAAUGUUUGGUGCAUGUGAUCUCAUUGAACAUAACAUACUUCUAAAUCUAAGAAAAAUGUGUUUUGUUACCAAGUGUUACAAUCUAGAUACAUAAAAAAAGUUCGAAUUUUUAUUAGUUUAACUCAUAUUGUAUACAAAUUUUGGAAUAAUGAGUGAAUUCAAGCUUCACCAUUUGGUUGUGGAACUAAUCGACUUGCUGGGUUCAUCUUCUGCACCCGAAAAACAUGUAGAGAAGUUGCAAAAGGAAGGCUCUGCAACGAAUGUUGUCACAUUAAAUUCAGUAGCUACACAAAGCUGUGUUAGACAAUUAGCUAAAAAUUCACCAAAUGCAGAAUUAUUCAUAAAAAAAUAUGAGGAACUUAAAUCCAAGAAAGUGGACAUGUUAGGUCCUUUUAUGCAAUUAUUGGAAUUCAUAUCAGUAGACAGAGAGCUCAAGAGUUAUUUGAAUAAAACUUCAUCCUUAGCACCAGUAACAACUUCAAGCACAACUAUUACAAAUGAAGAUUUACCAAAAAUAUUUAAAAAUGUAAUCAAAGCAGCUCAUGAGGGUGAGAAGAAAUUAAACAAACAACUAUGCCCUGUCAAUACAGAACGCGAUAUUAGUCAUAUGAAACAUACUUGGUCCAGUGAAAGGCCAAGAUUAUCGUGGAAUUUUCAAACAGAAUCUCCUGCUCUGCAACUGCAAAAAGUGGUCCCAAGUAUUUCACAAGAAUCAGUUCUUUUAUGGGAUACAUUGCAAUGUUUAAAGGGAAUAGAUGGGUCUUACAUUGUUUCUGAAACUCCAAGCCACCCAUAUGGACCUGUAACUUUUAAAAUAUCUCCAGAUGUUGGUGUUUCAUUCAAACAACUAACAGAACAGAUUCUUCCACUUGCUUCUCACUAUUCCAUGACAGUCAGAUUUGUAGAAGAAAAAAUGUUACCCGAUGAUGGACAAGUAAAUCAUGCUUUAAGAGGAGCAUUAAGUUCUUUACUCAGAGAUUAUUUGUUAUUUGUUGUACAAUUAGAAAUUGAACAUCUCAGAGGAAAGUUAAAUUUACAAAAAUUAUGGUUUUACAUUCAACCUACUCUGACAACCAUGUCAAUAUUGAAUCAGAUAACUUCUACUAUUUUUAAGGCAAAUGCAAAAGGUGGCAAAGUUUUAAGUCUGCUGCAUGAACAAAUUAAUAAUAUGAGCGGAGAAGCCAAGUGUAAAGAAUUGUGCUUAUUUUUGAUAAAAGCAGCUAGUGUACCUUACAUGCAAACUUUGGAAAAAUGGGUUUACAAAGGUGUCAUAUAUGAUCCAUAUCAAGAAUUUUUCGUUGAAGAUAAUGAAUUAAUUCAAAAAGAAGAAUUACCAAUGGAUUAUUCUGCUGAUUAUUGGGAAAAAAGAUAUAGCAUGAGGCCUGAAAGAAUUCCUGUUUUUCUUAGCGAACACGAUCAAACAAUUUUGAGAACAGGAAAAUAUUUCAAUGUCAUUAGACAAUGCGGUAAAACUGUCCAAUGGGGAAAGCAAGAACCUCUAGUUUAUCAACACAGGGAUCAGAAAUUUAUUUCUGCUAUUGAUAGAGCUUAUUCUGAAGCAGCUAGAACUUUACUUGAAGUUUUAAUUCAAGAAAAUGAUUUGAUGGGAAGAUUACGAAGUGUCAAAAAUUACUUUUUGUUAGCUCAAGGGGAUUUCGUAGUUCAAUUCAUGAAUCUUUGUGAGCCUGAACUCAGUAAAAAUAUGUAUGAUAUUGUGACUCAUAGAUUAUCAUCUCUUCUGGAAGUGGCAUUAAGAAUGUCUACUGCUGACUCUGAUCCAUAUAAAGAUGACUUGAAACCUGAACUAUUGCCUUAUGGUCUACAAUAUCAAAUGUUCAGAAUUUUAACAAUUCAAACUAAUGAAGAAAAAGAAUAUUGUGCUCAAGCUGAUAAAACUGUUAGUGGGAUGGAAGCAUUUGUUUUUAACUAUGAUGUAAAAUGGCCAGUUUCAUUAGUUAUCAACAGAAAAGCCAUUGCAUGUUAUCAAAUGCUAUUCAGGCAUUUAUUUUAUUGUAAGCACGUUGAAAGAUUAUUAUGCAGAGUUUGGAUUAGCAAUAAAAUUGCUAAAACUUUCACUCAUGAAGCUGCGAUGACUUACAGACAAGCGUUCUCGUUACGUCAGCGUAUGUUAGAUUGUAUUCAGCAUCUAGAGUAUUAUAUGAUGGUUGAAGUUAUUGAGCCAAAUUGGUUAAUGUUUUUGAACAAAAUGAGCAAGGUCAGUAAUAUCGACGAAGUUUUACGAGUUCAUCAAGAUUUACAAGACAGUUACCUAAAGGAAUGUAUGUUGAUGGAUCACGAACUUUUAGAAUGUAUUACUGGAGUUUGUUCAGUGUGCAUUGAAUUUUGCAAAUUUAUGCAGGCGGAAUGCAGCGGAAAUUCAAGUGCCGACGGUGUGAAUUUCAUCGACAGAAUUAUGACUUUAGACAAACAAUUUACGGAAGUAUUAAUUCGGCUUCUAAAUCGAAUAUGUGAUUUAGGAUGCGACAACAGUAACGAAAAACUAUUGAACGUAGUUUGUCGUCUGGACUUCAACCUGUAUUAUACUCAAAUUCUCAUGCAGAGAGAUAGCAAGAAAAGAUCGCAAGAGACAUCUGGGUGACAAAAAUUUGAAGGAUAAGAUCCGUUCGUCAGUUUAAAAUAUGUUCAUUCAUACAAAGUGAAAAACAAUAUAUUACUUUUUUAUAUACAAUAAAU